AUGUCUCCUUCAGCUUCAACGAGGUGGUGCCCAACACCAGAGCAACUGAUGAUCUUGGAGGAGAUGUACCGGAGCGGGGUGAGGACGCCAAAUGCAGCUCAUAUACAGCAGAUCACAGCCCACCUCUCCUUGUAUGGCAAGAUAGAGGGCAAGAAUGUGUUCUACUGGUUCCAGAACCACAAGGCCAGGGACAGACAGAAGCUCAGGAGAAAGCUCUCCAAGCAACUCCACAACAACCACCAAUGCCAACUUAACAACAGUCUUCUUUAUAAUCAUCACCAUCAUCCUCACUAUGAUCACCAACACAUGAUUAUGAAUAACCACCACAAUUAUCACUUCCUGAGCUUCCUUCAUCCUCAGUCCCCUCCUCCUCCUCCAGCUGCUUCUACUGACCUGCAAUUUGCUUAUUAUAACCCUACUUCUACCUUGAUUACCCAGGUAAAUACCCUCUUGGUUUCAACAGUUCGAUUGUUCAAAAACUUACUAUGCAGAUUUUAA